UUCGGUAUUUACCACCUGCAAAAACCAGGGAAAAUAAGAGUAGUUUUUGAUUCCAGCUCUCAGUACAAAGGAGUGUCAUUGAACGACGUUCUCCUCAGUGGACCCAACCUCAACAACACUCUAAUUGGGGUCCUACUGAGAUUCAGAAGGGAGCAAAUAGCCGUCACAGCUGACGUAGAACAGAUGUUCUAUUGUUUCAAGGUCAGACAGGACCAUCGCAACUUCCUGCGUUUUUUGUGGCACAGAGACAACGACCCAGAUAAGGAGAUUGUUGACUACUGGAUGACAGUGCACGUGUUUGGCAACAGUCCAUCACCAGCAGUAGCAACAUACGGGCUGAGAAAGGCUGCAGAGCAAGGGGAAACUGAACAUGGCACAGACUCAAAGGAGUUUGUAUUCAGGAACUUUUAUGUCGAUGAUGGACUAAUUUCAGUGUCAAAAGAAGAUGAAGCCAUUGAUCUGCAACAGCGAACCAAGAGCCUACUGGCUGAGUCCAAUUUGAGGCUUCGCAAAAUAGCUUCAAACAGUGCCAGGGUCAUGGAGGCCUUUCCUCUUGAAGAACGAACAAGCGACUUUAAAGAUCUGGAUCUGGGAGCCGACCCUUUGCCUCUCCAACGGAGUCUGGGCAUAAGCUGGGAACUCAAUAAUGACAGUUUCACUUUUAAAGUUUCACAGGACAUUAAACCGUUCACUCGUCGAGGCAUACUGUCCACUGUGAACAGUCUCUUUAAUCCCCUGGGAUUUGCAUCUCCCAUCACUGUGCAAGGCAAGGCGUUGGUAAGAGAACUUUCUUCAGAACAGUACGAGUGGGACGUCCCACUCCCACCAGAGAAGGAAGCUCAGUGGAAAGCUUGGACUGACUCCUUAACUGAGCUGGAACAGAUUCAAGUACCAAGACCAUAUACCCCGGUCUCAAUGUCAUCUUGCAAACGAACAGAACUUUGUGUUUUCUCAGACGCUUCUACAAGGGCAAUUGCUGCCGUAGCAUACCUACGUGUUCUUGACUCUGAUGGGAAAUGGCAUGGAGGCUUUGUGAUGGGCAAAUCAAAGCUCCUUACCCAUUGCACACCAUACCUCGCCUGGAGCUGUGUGGGGCAGUCUUGGCGGUUGAACUGGCAAAACUAAUCAAGUCUGAGAUUGACUUGGAGUUGAAGGCAGUCAGGUUCUUCACGGACAGUCGCGUUGUUCUUGGCUACAUCUACAACAAUUCAAGGCGGUUCUACACCUACGUAGCUAACAGAGUAGCUCGCAUAAGGAACAGUACUAACCCAGAACAGUGGCUCUAUGUGAAAACUGAAGUGAACCCUGCUGACCACGGAACAAGGCCAAUACCAGCAGCUUGUCUGAUGUCAUCCAGUUGGUUCUUUGGCCCUCAAUUUCUCCGUCAGACAGACACAGAGCAAGAAAAUAAGACUGAAUCAUUUGAACUUGUGCAACCAGAGACUGAUAAAGAAAUGUAUCCUCAAGUUCUCUCUCUUGCAACCAAGGUCACAGAGCAGAGUCUCGGAUCACAACGGUUCAAACAUUUCUCUACUUGGAAGGCUCUAGUAAGAGGUAUGGCAACACUCAUUCAUGUAGCCAAGUCCUAUUCCAGCAAGUCUCACACUGUAGAGUGCAAUGGAUGGCAUCACUGCAAACAGUCACACACCUCAGAGCUCUCUCAGGCCAAAACAAUCAUCUUGAAGGCAGUGCAGCAGGAUGUUUACAAGCAACUCAGGGCAUUAAUGUUCCUAGCCACAGCUCUCUUGUGAAACUGGACCCAUUUCUUGACAAGGAUGGAUUGCUGAGAGUUGGGGGUCGCAUCCAUAAAGCCCAAUUGGAAGACCAAGAGAAACAUCCACUCAUCCUGCCAGCCAGUCAUCAUGUUGCCACUCUCUUAGUCCGACACUAUCAUGAUCAAGCAGCUCACCAAGGUCGCCAUUUAACAGAGGGCGCACUGCGCACUGCCGUUGUCUGGAUAGUAGGAGGGAAGAGGCUCAUUUCGAGUACAAUAUUCAAAUGUGUCAUCUGCAGGAAGUUGAGAGGCAAGUUUGAGGUUCAGAAAAUGUCUGUCCGAUCUGCCUGCUGACAGACUGUCCAUGGAUCCACCUUUUACACAUGUAGGGCUUGAUGUCUUUGGUCCAUGGAGUGUGAUAACUCGUCGCACAAGAGGUGGUGCUGCUGAGAGUAAAAGAUGGGCAGUCAUUUUCACAUGUCUCAGUACGAGAGCUGUUCACUUGAAGGUUAUAGAAACCCUGACCACCUCAAGUUGCAUUAAUGCCUUGAGGCGCUUCCUGUCGAUUCGUGGACCUGUCAAACACCUCAGGUCAGACAGAGGCACACACUUUAUUGGAGCAUGCAGAGAGCUUCAGAUAAACACGGACGAUCCUGAGAUCAAGGACUAUCUGCAAGACCAUGGUUGUACAUGGAUAUUUAACGCACCUCAUUCCUCACAUAUGGGUGGAGCUUGGGAGAGGAUGAUUGGUGUGGCUCGACGGGUCCUUGAUGCACUGCUGUUGAAGAAUAAGGAUAAACUGACCCAUGAAGUCCUGGCCACUUUGAUGGCUGAAGUUAUGGCCAUCAUGAACGCCAGGCCUCUGGUUCCCAUCUCUUAUGAUACAGACCUUCCUGAGAUACUCUCACCUGCUACUCUUCUAACCCAGAAGGCGAGUGUGACACCCACACCCCCGGGGGACUUUGAACUGGAUCACCUAUGUAAGGUACAGUGGCGCCAGGUUCAGAGCUUGGCGAACUCCUUCUGGAAACGGUGGAAGCAGGAGUAUCUGGCAACUCUUCAGCCUCGGAGGAAGUGGACCGAGGAGCGGCCUAAUCUCCAGGAUGGUGACGUUGUUUUGUUAAAGGACGUUCAAGCACAACGUAAUGACUGGCCUCUUGGUCUGAUAGUAAAGGCCAUUCCAAGUUCGGACGGCAAGGUGCGAAAGGUCAUGGUGAAGACCUUAGGUCAAGGGACAGCUAAAGAGUACCUUAGGCCCAUCAGCGAUGUGGUGUUACUGAUACCAAGGGUAAAGAGAUGUAAAUAGUGGUAAAAAGGUUUACCAAGCGGGGAGUGUUCUGACACCAUAGUGUAUUGGCACCCCCUAGUGGCAAAAUUCGGUACUGUAGCUUUAAGGCACCAGAUAGCGCGACUCCUUCUUGUGUUUUAGUUUACACAGGAAAGCCAUGCAGAGCACAUCGUAGCUCAGUUCUAUGCCACAGAUCAUUUUGUUUUAAUCCUUGGAGUAGAUCUGUCUUUUUACAAUUUCAAGCCUCAGUAAAUGGUCAACUCAACAACUGUCUUCUGAGUCUUUGUUAGCUAUCUGUUAAGCUAUGCAGUGCGAUGCAUACGCAAGGGCAGAAUAGCGGUGUAAAACACCGAUUCCGUAAUUGACUUUGUAUUACAUGCUUUAUAUGUAGUUUAAAUGAAAGUUCAGUGUCUAGCCAUUCACCAAGAUAUUUAAAGCUAUCAAUUUUAUGCAGAGCAGUGCCAUCCUUACAUGUUAUUACUACAUUAGGUUUGGAUUUGAGCUUCUGCCUGGUACCAAAGACCAUGGUAUAAGACUUUGUUUUGUUAAGCAGUAGUUUAUUGUGUGAUAGCCAGUCCUGUAAGAUAUUAAAAUCCGAUUGACGAGAGAUCUGAAUUUGUGAAAAAUCUGAUUUGGAUGUAUAUAUGACAGUGUCAUCAGCAUAAAGGUGAGUACAACAAUUAAUGAGACAAGAAGAUAAAUCAUUUAUGUAAAUAGAGAACAGAAGUAGGCCCAGAGUUGAUCCUUGGGUUACACCCUUUUGUUGGAUCAACAGGUCAGACUGUUUCCCAUUAACAACCACACAUUGCUUUCUACUGUGAAUGUACGAGUUAAACCAUAACACUGUAUUAUUAGAAAGGACAAUGCCGUGAAGUUUAUCCAAGAGCAGAAAUGUGACAUAAUAAUACAUUUUAUUUCUAUAGCGCUUUUCUUGAAUCCAAAGACGCUUUACAUUUGGGAGGGAGGGUAGACAAACAAAAC